AUGUCAAGAGAAGACUUUGAUGAUGGAGAGAAGAUGCUGCGACUAUUGCAAUUUCUGGACGGUGUGGCGAAAGAAGCAGUUGCAAGUCUCGAGGCAGUUGAUGGCGGCAUACAUGAGGCACUAAAAAUUCCACAGAAGAGGUGUGGUCGUACAUGUGUAACUGUGAGUUCAAUCGUGGAUAACCUGGUAAAGGGACCUGUUAUUCCAAAUGGUGACAAAACUGCACUUCGAAUGUUCGCAGAUAAAACCGCAAGAGCUCUGGCUACAUUGAAGUCCCUGAACUGUUUGCAUGAGAAAAUCUGGUGGAAAUGGCAGGUCGACUGCCGAAACAUCUACAACAAAGAUUUGUUGGUUUGGCAAACAAAUUGGAAGAAAAGGAUCAACGUUUCCCAACAUUAAGCGACUUUUCCAUAUUCGUUGACAAAUGGGCAAACAUUGCAAACCACCCUGGGGAAAACCCAGGAAAGUGACCUCUUGAAGGGAAACAAAAGGAAGAAGGAAGAUCUACUGCCAAGAUAUACGAUGACCACAGGUGUUAUAAAGGACGAUCAAAAUUCCUCGGACAAGAGAGGACGUAAAGGAACACCUUGUCCUUGCUGCUCCCAGGCACACCUGCUACACCGCUGCAACCGUUAUAAGAAGAAAAUACAUGCCCAUGCCCAUGUUAUAACUGUUUAAAGAACAGUCCAGUUCUACAAUCUGGUAUCGCAGUUAAAUAUAUUGCCAAGUGUUGCCCGAGCAAAUUCAAGUGCAGAAUUGAAGGAUGUGGUAAGUCACAUCACACGUUGUUGCAUAUACCAAACCAACAGAAGAAAGAGAGCAAUCAAGAUUCUGCUCAAUAGGAUGGGAAUGAUUUGCAAGCCGGCUCUGUCAAUACGGCUUUUCUGCAGGAUGCUCGUGCUGUUCUGCUACAAUUUGUACAUCUAUGUGACUAUGUGUUUUUGGGAAACUAGGGAAAGUAGUGACCACAUAUGCCAUGCUCGACUCGGGAUCAGAGAUAAUUCUAGUGGACCCCUCACUAGCAUCAACUCUGGAUUUAGAUGGACAACCUUAUGAAUUGGUCGUAUCAACAGUAAGCAACGACAAUGAUAUUCAACAUGGUUAUCGGGUCAAUCUUUCAGUUGAAUCCCUUAUCGACAAUGAACCACAGCGCUUGGAGCUGAGAAGUGCUUGGUGUGGCAGAGAUUUGAAGAUACCAUUACGUCACCAACUUAUGCGAAGCAACAAAUCACGAUGGUCCCAUCUUCAGGACGUGCCAUUUCCUGACGUUCAGCAGAAAAAGAUCUCUAUUAUAAUCGAGACUAAUGUUUCAGAAGUUUUGAUACCACUUGAUGUUCGGCACAGUGGCCCUCAAGCUCCGGUAGCAAUACGAUCCUGUCUUGGUUUUCAAUUCUUGGCGCAUUUGGGAUGGUUCAGAUUUACAGCGCUCGGCCGUUCACAGACGAUUUCACGCUCAAUAAACAAGUCGAAUUGUUCUGGAAAUUGGAAUAAUUUGAAAGUGCGAGCUACAACUCCAAACCAAAGUCUUUGGAAGACAAACGUGCUGAGAAAGUCAUAGAAGGUACGAUGGGCAAGAUUGAUGGUCACUAUCAAAUGGUACUGCUAUGGAAGCAUGGUGAUCCACGACUUCCUGACAACCGAUCAGUUGCAGAAAUACGCCUUCGACAUCUCAGGCGUCGACAUGAACGAGAUCAAGAGUUAAAGAAAAAAUACCUGGCAAUCAUCGAUGACUAUGAUGAGAAGGGUUAUGCCUGCAAGCUUACGCCUGAAGAGACCAAAGUGCGAAGCAACAAGACCUGGUAUCUUCCGCACCACCCAGUACUGAACCCUCAUAAGCCAGGGAGGUUCAUGCCGUAUUUGAAGCAGCAGGGACGUCACUAA